CUGGUCCAUCUCCAUUGUCAGUGUGGGUCGCAGCUCCUUCAGCAACGAGACGCAAUCAUGGUUUGCAAACUGUUCAUCAUCACUGCCACUGUCUUCGCGGUGAGCUCUGCUUCUCCCGCGUCUUACAACAUCGUGCCCCUCCGGCGAGGUGUCUUGUCCCCCACGGUUACCUAUACCUCUUCCCCUACCUACGCCUACACAGUUCCCAUCGGCAAGUACUUGGACGCCCCUGAGACCUACUCGUCCUCUGCCGUCCGUCCCGUCGUCUCGCCGACGGUGUACGCCGCCAAGUCGUCACUGCUCGCCCAGGACACCGUUGACUCCCCGUAUGACCCCAACCCGCAAUACAAGUUUUCCUACAGUGUGAACGCCCCAGACACCGGAGACUCGAAGAGCCACCAGGAGACACGAAUUGGAGACAACGUCCAGGGUAGCUACAGUGUCGUUGAGUCUGAUGGCAGUAUCCGUAGAGUGGAUUAUUCAGCGGACGCCGUCAACGGGUUUAACGCCGUCGUCCAGCGUGAAAUCGGAGCCGUCCCUGCUCCACCCGCUCCUGUGAAGCCCCUCGUCCCUCUUCCUGCUGCACCUGUCGUUGCUAGAAUUGCAACCCCCGCCUCACCUGUACCCUACAAACCGGCACCAGCCCUGGCUGUGAAGUCCAUCCCUGAAGUGACAUUGCAGUCCUUCCCUGCUGCCACAAUCAAAACCGCACCGGCCCUGGCUGCCAAGUCGAUCCCUCAAGUGACAUACCAACCCAUCCCUGACGUGAGGAUCCAGUCCGUCCCUGCUGCCACAAUCAAAACCGCACCGGGCCUGGCUGUGAAGCCAAUCCAUGAAGUGACAUACCAACCCAUCCCUGACUUCAGGUUCCAGUCCGUCCCUGCUGCCACGAUCAAACCUGCACCGGCCCUGGCUGUCAAGUCGAUCCCUCGAGUGACAUACCAAUCCAUCCCUGACGUGACGUUCCAGUCCGUCCCUGCUGCCACAAUCAAAACCGCACCGACCCCGACUUUCCAGUCGAUACCUCAAGUGACAUACCAACCCAUCCCUGACGUGAGGUUCCAGUCCGUCCCUGCUGCUGCAAUCAGAACCGCACCGGCCCUGGCUGUGAACCCAAUCCCUGAAGUGACAUUGCAGUCCUUCCCUGUUGCCUCAAUCAAAACCGCACCAGCCCUGGCUAUCAAUUCCGUCCCUGCGGCCACGUACAAAUCAACACCAGCCCUGGCUGUGCACCCUGUCCCGGAGCUGACAUACCAGUCCGACCCAGAGGUUCUGGCUGUGCACGCCGUUCCUGCAGCCCAGUACCAAUCCGUGCCAGGCGUUCGCGUCGGCGCACCGGCAGCCCACCCCAGCGGUGCCCGCACCUCCUUCAGCGCCCCGUACGCCAAUUAUGAGUACUGACGUCCAGGAGGCGGACCAAAACAAAGAACUGCAGCUUUACAAUAUUCCCACUGUACUUCAUGUUAACAGUUUCAGUAAUAAAAUGCAAUGAUUAAGUGA